CUGAAAGUCUCUCAUCGGGCGCGCGCAGGGGGGGGGGUUAGCGCUCGGGCACGCGCCGCCUCGGUUCCCGCGAACACAGAGAGAGAGACACACAGAGAGAGAGAGACACAGAGAGAGAGAGACACACACACACACACACAGAGAGAGACAGUGAGAGAGAGACACACACACACACACAGAGAGAGAGAGUGUGUAUAGUGAGUGUGUGUAUAGUGAGAGUGUGUGAAGUGUGUGUAUAGUGAGAGAGUGAAGAUGUCUAAGCCGGACUACAGCGGGGUGUACCUCUGGGUGUCUCAGGAGAACUUCGAGUCCUAUCUGGCCGCUUUAGAUGUGAACAUGGUGUUGAGGAAGGCGGUUUGUCUCCUGAAACCCAGCAAACACAUUGAACACGAUGUUAAUUCUGGACACAUGAGUAUAAAAACAGUCACCACGUUUAAGAACUUCAACAUGGACUUCAUUCUGGGACAGGAAUUCACUGAGGACCUGGGGCCUGUGGAUGGCCGCAAGUGCCAGACCACAGUGGACUGGCAUGGUGAUAAACUGGUGUGUGUUCAGCGAGGAGAGAAAGAAGGACGAGGAUGGACACACUGGCUCGAAGGAAACUUUCUCCACCUGGAGCUGCGUGUGAAUAACGUGGUGGCGAAGCAGGUCUUUAAGAAAGCAGAAUGAGCAGCUGGAUGAUGAGCUCAAAGCAUUGUGGGAAAGAGAGAGAGGAGCAGCCAAUCAGCAGACAGCAGAAACUCCCCCCUUUUAUAAUCUGAGAGUAAAUGUAUUUAGUUUAAUUAAACUGAUUGAUUUAGUGAACACAGAGAAGCAGGAAUCUUUUACACUCCCGCUAUCAGUGUGGAAAAAUCGUCAGUGGCCUGUCACAUGACCGUGUUUAUACGAGCUUCUUCCUUCCAUAUUUGUCCUUCUCUACCCACACCAACAUACCCACACCCAUAUACCCACACCAACACCAACAUACCCACACCAACACCAACAUACCCACACCCACAUACCCACACCAACACCAACAUACCCACACCAACACUAACAUACCCACACCAACAUACCCACACCCACAUACCCACACCAACAUACCCACACCCACAUACCCACACCAACAUACCAACACCAACAUACCAACACCAACAUACCCACACCAACAUACCAACACCAACAUACCCACACCAACACCCACAUACCCACACCCACAUACCCACACCAACAUACCCACACCAACAUACCAACACCAACAUACCCACACCAACACCAACAUACCCACACCAACAUACCAACACCAACAUACCAACACCCACAUACCCACACCCACAUACCCACACCCACAUACCCACACACCCACACCAACAUACCCACACCAACAGACCAACAUACCCACACUAACAUACCCACACUAACCCACACCAACAUACCCACACCAACAUACCCACACCCACAUACGCACACCAACACCAACAUACCCACACCAACAUACCCACACCAACACACCCACACCAACAGACCAACAUACCCACACUAACAUACCCACACCAACAUACCCACACCAACAGACCAACAUACCCACACCAACAUACCCACACCAACACCAACAUACCCACACCAACACUAACAUACCCACACCAACACUAACAUACCCACACCAACAUACCCACACUAACCCACACCAACAUACCCACACCAACACUAACAUACCCACACCAACAUACCCACACCAACGCUAACAUACGCACACCCACAUACCCACACCAACACCAACAUACCCACACACCCACACCAACACACCCACACCAACAUACCCACACUAACCCACACCAACAGACCAACAUACCCACACUAACCCACACCAACAUACCCACACUAACAUACCCACACUAACCCACACCAACACUAACAUACCCACACCAACAUACCAACACUAACAUACCCACACCAACAUACCAACACUAACAUACCAACACGAACAUACCCAUACCCACACCAACACUAAUAUACCCACACCAACACUAACAUACCCACACUAACACGAACAUACUAACACUGGGGAAAAGCCCCCACAGGAUGUGAAAUGUCUCCCUGCACUGGACACACGGGACGAGUGAAUUUCCAUCAGAGCUGUAGUUCUGAAUGUGUCCAGUGGGGGGCAGCAGAGUGCGGUGGGUUAAUUAUUUGAUGAAGUUCCCAAUCUUUGUUUUUUUUUCAUGUUCCAUCAGGAGGGUUAUCGACUUUAAUCUUCUGAAAAAAUAAACUGAUGAGAUUCACAUGUC